AUGGGAGUUUCGGACAAUGCGAAGGGGCUGAUACUGGCUGUGGCGUCCAGCGCGUUUAUCGGUUCGAGCUUCAUCCUGAAGAAGAAAGGGCUCAGCCGAGCUGGUAUUGCCGGUACGCGUGCAGGAGCUGGAGGUUUUACCUAUUUACUAGAGCCGCUAUGGUGGGCUGGCAUGAUUACCAUGAUUGUUGGUGAGAUUGCAAAUUGCAUGGCUUACGUCUAUGCUCCUGCUGUUCUAGUAACUCCCCUUGGGGCAUUAAGUAUAAUUAUCAGUGCAAUUUUAGCACACUUCAUGCUGAACGAGCGAUUACAAAGGAUGGGAGUUGUUGGCUGUGUUUCAUGCAUUGUUGGGUCAGUAGUAAUUGUUCUCCAUGCACCUCAAGAGCGAACUCCAAGUUCUGUAGAAGAAGUAUGGAAUUUAGCAACUCAGCCAGCUUUUCUGAUGUAUGUGGUUGUUACAGUCGCAGCAGUGUUAACUUUGGUUUUACACUUUGAACCACGAUCUGGUCAGACAAACAUGUUGGUCUACUUAGGAAUAUGCUCCUUGAUGGGGUCAAUCACUGUUGUCAGCAUCAAGGCCAUCGGAAUAGCUAUAAAACUUACAAUAGAUGGAAUAAAUCAGAUUACUUAUCCUCAAACAUGGUUUUUCCUCAUGGUAGCGGGAAUAUGUGUCAUUACACAGUUAAUUUAUUUGAACAAGGCGCUGGAUACGUUUAAUGCAACACUUAUUUCUCCGGUGUACUAUGUAAUGUUCACAACUCUCACUAUUGUUGCCAGCGCUAUAAUGUAUAAGGAUUGGGCGGGCCAAGAUGCCGCCAGCAUAGCAUCCGAGAUAUGUGGGUUUAUCACUGUCCUUUCAGGAACUAUCAUACUUCACUCAACAAGAGAUCAGGAACCUCAUCCUUCAUCUCGAGGAACCGUGACAUGGUAUGUCAGAAGCGACUCAUUGAAGAACCUAGAUGAGGAACAUCUACUCAACAUUCUUGAAAACGGACCACAAUAA